ACACAGCUGUCAGAGGAGAAGUGAACCAACAGAGGCGGGGCGAAGGUUGUUAGUCGACACAGUAGUUUUUCUUCUGUGUGCUGUGUCUAUCAUUCUCGCCAACAUGCCUCAAGCAUGACAAUGAACUGGUUUAUCUGGGUGACGGGAAAAAGGCAAUGUAACAAAACUUUCGACGAAGUCCCAACUGGACGAGAAGCGCGACACAGAGGCGAAGAAACACGUAAUGAAGAAAGCAAAGAUGACUGGCUCAAAGUUUAACCGACGGAAAGCUUGACGAGGGAAAUAACAGUGAGAUUACAGCAUGGCACGUCGCUCCCAGUGUUCCUCUGCUGGGGACAACCCCCUGAACCCCAACUACCUCCCUCCUCACUAUCGUGAAGAGUACCGCUUGGCUAUCGAUGCACUGGUUGAGGAGGACUUGGAAGGAUACUAUCAAUUCCUCCAAAGAGCAGAUGUGGUGGACUUUCUGUCCUCACCUGAGAUUCAGUAUAUUCAGGAAUCUGUUCAGGUUCCUCAGUUGGUGAGCCAGCCUGAACCCCGUUUUCUGGAAACUGGUGCAGAUGGCUCCUCAGACACUUACUGGCCGAUUCACUCUGACCUGGACGCCCCAGGUUUGGAUCUUGGCUGGCCUCAGCUGCAUCACUUAAUUGGGCCCACAGAGGUCACCACUCUGGUUAACCCUCCUGAACCAGACAUGCCAAGUAUCAAGGAGCAGGCCCGACGACUUAUCAAGAAUGCUCAGCAGGUGAUUGCUAUAGCGAUGGACAUGUUUACUGAUGUUGACAUUUUUCAUGAUAUUCUCACUGCUGCCAUGAGAAAUGUUGCCGUGUACAUCCUGCUUGACAAUCAGAAUGCACAUCACUUUGUCAACAUGGUGUCCAACUGCAGAGUCGAUCUACAGAGCAUAGAGUUUUUACGUGUGAGAACAGUGUCUGGCAUCACAUAUCACUGCCGCUCAGGGAAAACCUUCAAAGGUCAGAUGAUGGAUCGCUUCUUGUUGACAGACUGCAGGGCUGUGCUGAGUGGAAAUUACAGCUUCAUGUGGUCUUUCGAGAAGCUCCACCGUGGUAUGGCACACCUUUUCCUUGGACAGCUUGUAUCGACCUUUGAUGAAGAGUUUCGUAUUCUGUUUGCUCAGUCCGAACCGCUGAUCAUUGAAAAUGUGCUUCCUCCAAUAGAAGAUUGUAACCCUUUACAAAAAAGGCAAUACUCAAGUGACAGGACUGCACUGUACCGAGAUUCAAGGAAAUUUCUAUCAUCAGAACCUGCUCAUCCAGAGGAAUGGGCGAGGCAUCCCUAUGAUGACCGCAUGGAGAUGGAUUGGAGAAUGAUGCCCCUUAAAAGGCAGGAACCUGUGUAUGGCCCUCCAGAUAUGUAUGGCAGGUUUCCACCCCAGCAAUCACGCUUGGAUCCAUCUUUUGAUCAGGGCCCCUCCAGGAUGCACAUGAUGGAAAAUCCUGCCUUCAAACGUCACAGUUAUGCUGAAGGUGUUCACGGUAGACACUCACUCCCAUUCUUGCCGCAACAGGGAAUGCCAGAGCCUGAGAUCCAGGGAAGGCAAUUUCACAGGGGGCACCAGCCUUAUCCAGGACCAGGAAAAGAAGCAGAUUACAGUGCCUAUGAUAAGUUCUGGAACCAAGACUUUCUUUUGGCAGAUCAGUAUUCUGAACCUGGUUUACCACAAGAAAUGGAACCACCUCAUAACUUUGACCCUGUGCUUAACUAUUUAUCUUCUACCAGAAAUGUAGACUUUGACCAGGGCUCAGAGAAAUUGCCACCUGCAGCAGAUUUACCUUUUAGUUCAUCUCAUUCUAAAAGAUUGAAUGUAGGGCAGCCAUAUAUCUGCCAAACAUCUCCCACCCCCUCAAAUCCAACUGAGCAGAAGCAGUUCUUCCAGGAACCUAACAUUGACCGCAAGGAUCCUUUGGUAAAACGGGGCCUAAGAGACUGGAGGAUUAGCUCAUAUCUCAGUGCAUAUGAUAUUCCGGGAGAUGAAGACCUGCCUCUGGCACCACCAAAUGUAUCAGAUCCCUUUGAAGAGCCUAAUCCCGUACAGCAAACAGCACCAGGUAUAGAUUUGUCUGUCCCUAUAAUACCUAAUGUCAGAGAGUUUAAGAUCCCUGCAAUACCAAGGGCAAGUCAGAUGCCAAGUUAUGCCAAAACCACAGCACAAGAACAGCUAAAGAAAAUGCCUGAUGAACCCACAGCAGUGGCAGCAGAAACCAAAACAACACCAACACCUUCAGAGGAGUCAUCAUCCACAACUGAAGGGGAAAAGAUGGAGGAGGCAGAGCAAAAGGAACCAAAAACUGCUGGUCUUUAUAGAGAGGAGUCGUUCCGCAGGAAAUAUAAUGUAGCAGUCCCAAGGAGCUCUAGGUUAAGAUCUUCUUUAAUAUUCAGUUCUCUGGAUCAACAGAAUGCUUCUCAAGAUACCAAAGCUACCCCAGGACAACAGGAUGAGGAAAGUGACAAAAAUGAGUCUGAACAGACAAAACUACCUUUUGUUUUAGGACAAAGGAGGUCUAUUGCAAGGGAACCUUUUGAAUGGAGUCGUUACAUGAAGUCAGCCACUUUUGAUAACUCUGCCACAGACUCAUCCAAACCAGAUGAUGGAAACCGUAAAGGAGAUGAUAAAAAUUCAUCAACGGAUGCAAAUUCAAAGAAUAUUUCAGAAAACCCUGGGGUAAAAGAGUCAUUAAAACCAACAGAUGAAGGGCAAGCAAAGUCUUCACCAUCAGUUUCCCAAGCCAAGCCUUCUGAAGCUGAGCUGCCCAAAACUGAUCAACCAGUAAAGCCACCCAAAUCUUUGCUCACAUGUGAAUUAUAUGUAGAUAUGAGUGAUCCUGAUUCAAGGCUAAUGUUUUUUAAAGAAUUGGCAGCAAAACGCAAAGCUGCUAAGGCUGCCGAAGCUGAAAAGAGCAAAGAGAAGGUUCCAAUGAAACCACCAGCUGAACCGAAAAGCAAUACUACUGUUAAAAAGGAGGAACCUGUGCCACAAGAAAUCACAGAAAUGAUGAUUAAUACUACAACAUCUAAGGAUUUAUCAGAAAAAAAUGCUACUGCAGAGGAUCCAGGGAAAACAGUAUCCACAGAGGCAUGCAAAUCAGUCAGCCUAUCUUUAGAUGCUACUGAUAAAACUGACAAGGAGAACAGCCAGGUCAAGAAUGAUCACAACACCACCCAAAGCUGUGAAGAACAAACCAGUGUUUCAACUGAUUCACAGAAGAUAAAGCUGAAGAACAGCCAGUCAGCAGAAACUCUGCAUGUUUCUGUACAACCAGAAGCACAUCAGAGUGAACUACCAGAUGGACCAACGCUGUUAAAUCCUGCUGUAAAAAAGAGUAGCCCCAGUCAUCCACCUACACCAACAAAUGCUACUCCCCCUGAUGUCCCUUCUCUUGCAAAAGGUACUGAUGAAAGUGAAACCACAUGCCUUGAUUCUACCUCAGAGGAGUCUAGUUCCCAAACUCACAGUUUAGUGGAGGUACCACCAGCUUCUGCAUUUGCUGCAUUGGAUUCUAAAACCCAAAAUCUUGAAUCAGUUCAGUCAGAAACCAACAUCUCAUCUCCUCCGACAUCUGAACAACACACUAAAUCAGAACUCAGUGCUUCUAACCCAUCAGUACAAAGCUCUUCCUCUGAUCACAUUCUGACAGAUUCUGGUUCACAAAUCAAUCUAAAUCCUCCACCCUCUAACUCUACUCCUUUUUCCACUCCAGUAGAUGCCAUAUCUUCUGAUGCUACCCCACAAGACUCAGGCUCAACCCAAACUUCAAGCUUAUUGUUACCAAGUGCACAGGAAACUGUCAGCCUUUUAGCCCAAUUGGUUGAGGAAACUUCACAAAAAUCUACAGAUUCUUCUGUAAGCCAAACAGAAUCUGAGUCUACCAAAGCUAAUCUAGAUCAUGUUUCUCACUUGAAAUUGUCUGAGACCUCUUCUGCAGUUGAAUCUGCACAUGUGGAGUCUGAUAUUUCUUCAGAGAAAUGUGGUGCUGGUUCAGAACCAAAUACAUCCUCAUUACAGUCCCCUAAAAAGGCAGAUUCUGAAGAAUCUUGUGCUCCUACCCCUUCAGAAAAAGAUGCUCCUGAAUCCGCUUCUGCAGUUGAAUCUGCACAUGUGGAGUCUGAUAUUACUUUAGAGAAAUGUGGUGCUGGUUCAGAACCAAAUACAUCCUCAUUACAGUCCCCUAAAAAGGCAGAUUCUGAAGAAUCUUGUUCUCCUACCCCUUCAGAAAAAAAUGCUCCUGAAUCAGAAAACAACUCUCUACAGGUUGUUGGAGAGGAGUCUGAGGUAAUUGGGCCAUCUAAGGAUGUUAAAGUGGAAAGCACACCUCCUAGUCUUAGUCAUUCAUUGCCUGAGGCAUGUUUACCUAAUGUAGCUGAUCUGGAAAGUAAAUCCAGUUCUGAUAAAAAUGAGAUCAUUAUUCCUACUCCCUGCCCAUCAGGCCGUCCACUGGAGGGUUCUCCAGCAGAAACCAGCCCACCUGUCCAUCCUGACACAACCCCUAAUGCUUCCCAGGCAGAAACAACUUCAUCUCCUCAAGAUGCACCAAAACACGUGACCCCACCCACUGAACUUAACCUGACGGGACCUAUCACCCCCUCCCCUGCUGAAACAGUAUCAUGUUUUUCUCAUUUAACUGAGUCAAUUGGAGAAGUUUCGUCCCCUGAGGCUGAAAAAACAUUGUGUUUAGAUACCCACUCUCUUCCAGAUCAUGUUACAACAGACUCAAAUGAAAGUUCAAUGCCCCCAUCAACAGAAGCUUGUAAUCCAACUGAGCCUACCUCAAAAGACCCUAUCGAGCCUGAUCUGCCAUGUGAACCACCUGAACCUGCUAUUUCUGAAAAUCACCCCUCAGAGCCACCUGUGUCUGUGGAAAAUAGUAAUGUGGACAGUCAGAAUGAUGUAAGCCAAGAGCCCAAAAUGUCUAACUCGUCUGAAUCGUCCUGUAGUGAGAAAACAAAUGACCAAAUAAGUCAAAAUAACAGCUCAGAAAUGCCAGAGAUCCCAUCAGAUGAAGUAGUUCCUACAUCACCACAGUCCAAGCAGCUCAAAUCAAGUCACUCUCGCUACCAAUCAUCAACAGCCAACGUGAUCUCAAGUAGCAACCUCAGAGACGAUACAAAACUGCUUCUGGAGCAAAUUUCUGCUAAUAGCCAAAACAGGAACGAUGCUGCCAAAGAGUCUCCUGUCACUGAUGAUGAGAAAGAAGACAAAGCUGACAAAAAUGCCAAAAGGGAUAAAGAAAGAGGGAUACGGUCACUCAGCAGAGGGCAGCCUAAGUCAAAUGAGGAGCGUGACAAACUGCUUCAAAGGAUUCAGAGCAUGAGGAAGGAGAGGAAAGUUUACAGUCGAUUUGAGAUGGCACCUUAAAUGGGAUCCAUAGAAAGUUGAGAGGAUAAACAGUGUAUACAGUAUGUACAAAAAAAUGAAAUGAAAAUGAUGACCAAGGAACUGUGAUUUCACCACACAUUCUCUGCACACAAGGCAUUUUAUGUGAAGAAGACACGGGGGACUUGUAUCAGUGGCACUGAAAUUAAAAGAGUAAAAGUACUUACAAAUACAAAUGAAUACAAACCUGAUGUCUGAGUUAUAUGUGUCACCACUGGCGAAGGGCUUUUUACUGUCAGUGAAUCACUAAGUUGCUUUCCAAGUGUGAAAAGUACAAGGACUAAGACUAUACAUGUGUGAUCAAAUAUGUUUUUAUUGAGUGCAUGGGCAAAGUGCAGUAUUUGCAGAAGAUUGUUUCUAUGACUGUCCUUGCCUUUUUUACAGCCCUGACAGCCAUUACAUUAAUGUUAGCUGGUUUUAAGACUAAAUGUGAUGUUAAAGUGUAAUAGAUCUAAAGUAGUCUGAUAUUAUAAAACUGUAAUAUACUUUGGCUUAUAUUGUAGUAUUUUACAAUUAUGUUCAACAAAGAUGUUGAUAAUUCUAUGCAUUUGUGAUACAGGUUGAUAUAUGAUUUUGUAUCCAUGCAGGACUGUUAUUGUUCUGGUGUAUAUACUAUAAACGGUAACAUUAACUUGUUGUAAUCUGAAUCAAACAUAGAAUUGAAAUUAUGAACAAACUUAAGAGUGAAACAUUAUUGUAGCUUAAACGUAAUGUAUCCACAAUAUUAAUGUAUUUCAUUUUACGCCACAUAGUAUGUCAUCUUUUUGGUUUCUGUUUUCCAAAACGUUAUCCCAUAGGACUUGUAUGUUCCAUUUUUAAAGGGUCAGUUCACCCAAAUCACACAAAUAAUUUUUAUUUUAUUUUGAUGAUUUGUGGAUUUUGUGUGAUCAAACAUGUUGCUUUUUAAGCAUUUAAAUGUUAUUUUUGGCCAUGUAAAGCCAAAGCUGCCUGUAUGGCUAGAUUCCACUUGGUGUAAGUGAAACAAUAUUGAGCUAUUCUUGGUAAUUUGCUUGAACCAACCCUUAGUUGUCUCUGAAGAUGUCAUUUUAAAUCAAAACAUGCCAUGCCUGUACAAAUUCUUCAACAGUUUGUGGAAUUGUUCUCUGAAAGUUACACUUUUAUAAUGGAUUUAUGCAAUAACACUUUCCACUUGUAAAUAAAAUGUAUUAAAAUUG